UGAGCGACGAUCGUGUCUGCUACUUACUAGCUGCUUCAAUAAAAGUACAGUGGAAAGGAAACGUGGGAGAAGUCGACCGUUACGCUCCCUUACAAAAUCACACUCUACACCAUGACGUCCAAUGGCCCGGAGAUAUUCACCGCAACCUCAGCGUAUUCUCUAGCUGGGGUGGCUGCCAUGGCCUUCGUUGCCACCACUGGCGCAAAGAUUUUACUGCCGAAGAACGCGCGCUGGCAGGACUCGUUUACUUUCAUCUGGCUGGCAUUUGAUGCAUUGAUUCACCUCUCUUUUGAGGGAUCAUUCCUAUACCUAUCGACCUUUGGCAGGACCGUAAACUCCAGCGUGGGGCCAUUUGCUGAAAUGUGGAAGGAGUAUACCCGUGCAGAUGCACGAUGGGGUGUUUCUGAUCCCACUGUCGUCUCCCUGGAGAUUUUGACGGUCUUAGGUGCGGCACCUAUGUGCUGCUACAUUAUAAGGCAAAUCGUUAAGGACGACCCUGCGCGUCACUAUUGGAUCAUCAUCCUGAGCACCGCUGAGCUGUAUGGCGGAUGGAUGACGUUCUGUCCGGAAUGGUUGACGGGAAGCCCAAGUUUGGAUACUUCUAACCCGCUCUAUCUCUGGGUUUAUCUUUUCUUUAUGAACAUCAUCUGGGUAGUCAUUCCAGUCUGGCUGAUGUGGGAUUCAUACGGACACAUUGCUGGCUCACUGCGCCGCGCUCAGACGGUUAUGAAAACAAAGAAGAACUAAAUCCCCAACGCUAACAUACUUGGCUGGUAUCUAUGUUGCCCAUACCUUAUAUUUAUGACCUUUUGUGGUCCACGUCAGAUUG